GGGGGGGGGGGGCUAUUUUUUUUUACACCUACAAGUUCUCAUCAGUGAAGCCCCCCAAAAGAAACACCUCCUCUGAAGCCCCGAAUCAUUGUAAACUCUAUGUACCCACGCGGCGCCGCGUCCACCGACACGCGCACAGGUUCUCCCUUUUUAAAAAUCGCAGCGAGAACUAGGAGUGGAGCUUCAGACAUGUCUCGCCGUCCUCCCCCCCCCCCCCACGUCUGGUCUAUAGUGGACCAGAAACGACCCUCGUUCUCACUCAGCCAUUCGACCCACAACCCUCCCCACCCUGCAAGUCCCACCAUGGCCAGCAAGAGGAAGUCCACGACUCCUUGCAUGAUCCCCAGCAAGAUCAUACGGCCGGUAGAGGUUGAGGUGGAACGGGACUCUCCGGGUCUUCUCCGUCAAUCCAGGAUCUCUGCAGCGGGCAGGCAAAGCCCGCCGGACUCGGGGGAGUCCUCCAAACCGGAGGCGGGGGACGCCGUCAAAGAUGGCGCCGGCACUUACACCUGUAAGCCUUGUGACUUUGAAACCCACGACCUUAACUUGUUCUUGGACCACGUGUACUCGGGGCACCCGGACUUCCGCGCGGACCCCGGCUUCUUGUGCGUGAGCUGCGGGGUUUCCGCGCUCAAGUUCGAGGGGCUGGCGCUGCACAACGCCCGGGUUCACCCCAGCACGCUGAACACGUCCCUGCAGCUGAGGAAGAGGGACAGGAGGGCGGUGGUGGAGCAGACUCUGCUGUCGGGGGCGGAGACGGGGAAGGACAGCGAGAUCUCCAUCACCAAAACCCCCAUCAUGAGGAUGCUGAAGGGCAAAUCGGAGUCGAAGCGGAUAGUGGUGUCUCACCCGGCCUCAGAGGAGCCGGCAGCGGACCAACACUCCGUCUCUGCUUCCAGAGAGACGGAGAGGAAAGAGGCGGCAGUGACGGUCACCCGCGUCCCCACGAUCGUCCACAACGGAACGACUAAAGUCACUCUGCCCUCGGCGAUCCAGAUCGUCAACGGCUCCGGAGCGUUACCGAUGCUCAAGACUCCCAUCACGCAGGUGGUCUCGGUGGUUCAGAACAGGAGCCUUCAUCAAUCCACACCGAUCACAGUCUCCUCAAAUAUCUCCUCAGCUUCGUAUUCCACCUCCAAAAAUCUCCCCAAGGUGAUGAUCCCUCUAAGCAGCAUCCCUACCUACAGUGCCUCCAUGGACUCCUCCUCCUUCUUGAAGACCUCCUUCAGUAAGUUCCCGUACCCGACGAAGGCGGAGCUCUGCUACCUGACCGUGGUCACCAAGUUCCCCGAGGAGCAGAUCAAGAUCUGGUUCACGGCCCAGAGGCUCAAGCAGGGCAUCAGCUGGUCUCCCGAGGAGAUCGAGGAGGCCAGGAGGAAGAUGUUCAACACCAUCAUCCAGACCGGACCCUCCAGCUCGCAGAGCCAGACCCGGAGUCACCACGGCCCGGCCCAGCACACCAUCACGGUCCUGCCGGCGUCGCUGGGGGCCGCCGGGAUCCCUCACAUCCUACAGGGCUCCCUGGUCAGCCAGGGAGGGGUGAUCGUCACACAGCCGAUGUUGGCGAACGGGUUCCAGGUCAGCAGCGCCCCCGUGGCCCUGGCCGUCACGCCGAAGCCCCAGGCGGCCGCCCGCCCCACGAUGCAGACGCGGCCAGCUGCGGCGCUGGUGGCCGACAAGGGCGUCAGCAUGGUGGUCGGGACGCUGGGCAGCGGCAGCAGCACCGGGAAUCGCGUCAUCGGCAGCAGCAGUAACGGCAGUCGGAGCGGGAGAAUGAGCUCCAUCAUUACCAGCAGCCACGCCAGCGUCAUCAACCUCAGUCUAGGGAGCGCUAAUCCGUCUAAUGCUAAGGUUAGCAACGGUAAACACAGCGGCGGUAACGCAGACGGCAACAACGGGAGCAACAGCAACGUCAGCAGCCACGUAAACGCAAAGAGCGCCGACGUCAGGAGAAGUGGCGGCACCGGUGGCAUCGUGAAGAGAGACGACAAAGAGAGUAAAAACACCGCAGACGGCAAAUGUAAGACGGGCAGCGACGUGCAGAAGAGGAAAGAUAACGGCCACAAGAAGAGCACGGAGGACGUCGAGCCCGACACCGGCGACUCCCCCGCUGUCAAGAUAGAGGAGGCGUCCUCCCUGGCCUCCAAGUCUUCUCCCCCGUCUCCCGCGGCGCCUCCGAGCGGCACGUCCGGCUCUCAGACGCCCGUCAACGCGUUCCUGGACCCGAGCUUCUACAAGGGCAAGAAGUCUCAGGAGCAGCUCAACGCGCUGAAGGACAGCUUCCUGGUGAGCCAGUUCCCCGACCAGGAGGAGGUGGACCGCCUCAUCGCGCUGACGGGGCUCACGGUGCGGGAGGUCCGCAAGUGGUUCAGCGACCGGCGCUACCACUUCCGCAACCUCAAAGGCGUGCGCUCCAGCGGGCCGGGUAAGUCCGGAGGCGGGUCGAGCGGCACGGGGGGCUGCAACCCCGUCGAUCUGUCCGAGGGCAGCGGCAACUCGGGGCCGAAAACGCCACAGCACGGCCCGGCACCGCUGAGCCCGCCGGCGUCACAGACUCCCACCUCUCCCACCACGCCGUCCCGACGACUCCCCAGACCUCCCUCUCCGGAUUUUACAGCUAUCCGCUACAAGGAGAGAGAACCGCAUCAGGUCAAGGCACUAGAGGCCAGUUUUGUCCAGGACCCAGACCCGGCAGGAGAGGAAGUGGACCGACUGCGCUCCGAGACCAAGAUGACCAGAAGGGAGAUUCACGGCUGGUUCUCCGACAGGAGGAAGAGAGCGGCCGCUGAGAAGAAGAAAGAGGUGGCGCAGCGAGCCAUGAGGGCGGAGGUGGAGGAGACGGAGGUGGACGGGGAGGAGAGGCAGAAGGAGGACGGUUCGGGGGAACUGAAAGUGAACCCCAUCAAGAUCAACCUGAAGAUGCUCAAGGUGACGGAGGCCAACGGGAAGGCGGAGGGCGAGGCGUUGGACGGCACGCCGGUGUCCUCCCCGUCCUCCACCCCCAAACCGUCCCUCUCCUCCACCCCGACGCCCAAACCGUCCCAAUCCCCGAGACCCGCGACCGUCCGGGGGAAGAAGACGGCGGAGCAGCUGCAGACGCUCAAACAGGUCUACGCCCGCACGCAGUGGCCCAGCGCCACCCAGUACGACGAGAUGCUCUCGGCCACCGGACUGGCCCGGCCCGAGGUGGUGCGCUGGUUCGGGGACUGCCGCUACGUGCAGAAGAACGGCCAGCUGAAGUGGCUGGAGGAGCACCAGACCACGGCCCUGGAGGAGGACCUCCAGACGGGGAACACGGAGGUCCUCCAGGCCCACUACGACGCCCACGGCAGCGUGGAGGAGUCACAGCUGCAGGAUUUGGCUCAGAGCUGCGGUUUAGCGGCGGACUUGGUGCGACAUUGGUUCUCCACCAAAGCGUCGCUGCCGAGGCUCGAACACACUGCUGCUGCUCACCAGACCGAACCGACACCAGACGCACCGGACGCAGGGACGGAGCCACGGAGCGCAGGAGGAGGGAUGGGGGAGAAGAUGGUGGAGAAGGAGAAGAUGGUGGAGAAGGAGAAGAUGGUGGAGAAGGAGAAG